UUCCGUGUUCCGGUCUUUCCUGCGAUACGACAGAACAACAACACUGUAAUGCUGUUCGGCGUUAAACGCACCGCGUUGAGAGGAUAGAGAGGAUAAAUAAACACGCCUCAGACGCAAACAAGACGAGUGAGUUUUAUUGACACGGAGGAAUCUCUGUUAAAACACGUAAAAACACGUUUUCUCUGAUCUCUAGUGCUAGGAACUGAUCAGACAUGUCCAAGUACACAAGUUUCCCUGAACCCAGUGAGGACCACAACCCAUUCCAGGAUCCCUCAGUGACCCAACACAGCAGCUCAGACUACCCCACAUUGGACCUCUACAAUCCCUUCGACAACAAGCCUCCGCCUCCUUAUCAGGCCACGCCUCCAACAUUACCACCGACCGCACCACCGACCCUCCCGCCUCAGACCCUGCCUACCAGGACUACACCCACAGAACCCAGGAAUUAUGGAUCCUACAGCACACAGCAAUCUGCAGUGAACGCCACAACAGCCGACUUGCUGAAGAAGCAGGAGGAGUUGGAGAGGAAAGCGAAGGAGCUGGAGAGGCGGGAGAGAGAGCUCGACUCCCAGAGCCGUAGCACCGGAGCUUCCUCCCAGAAGAAUUGGCCUCCGUUGCCAUCUUUCUGUCCGGUGGGCCCGUGCUUCUAUCAUGACAUUAACGUGGAGAUCAGUCAGAGCUUUCAGCGCAUCGUCACCAAUGUGUACUACUUCUGGAUGGGUACAGCUUGCACUCUGGCCUUCAAUGUCCUCUCCUGCCUUGCUCUGUUUUGUGUGGACACGGAUAAAGGUGUAGACUUCGGCCUGGCCAUCCUCUGGAUUCUGCUCUUCACGCCCUGCUCCUUCGUCUGUUGGUACAGGCCUGUGUAUAAAGCGUUCAGGAGCGAUAGUUCCUUCAACUUCUUUGUCUUCUUCUUCAUCUUCUUCGUCCAAGUAGUGCUGUACGUCCUUAUGACUAUCGGCAUUCCUGGCUGGGGCUUCAGCGGGUGGAUAGUGAGCCUCGCCGCGCUGAAAAAGAGUACCGGAGUCGGGGUGAUCAUGCUCUUGAACGCUUUGGUCUUCACUGCUCAGGCUGCCAUGGGAGUGGUUCUGCUCAAGAAGGUUCACUCUCUCUACAGGCAGACCGGCGCCAGUUUCCAGAAGGCCCAGGCGGAGUUUACCACGGGAGUGCUUUCAAACGACGCCGUGCGCCAAGCCGCCGUGAACGCCACCGCCACGGCGGCGCAAGGAGCCUUCACCGGGGCACAUUAGAGCGAAACGAGGGAUGGUGGGGGGAAUGGAGAAUGAGUACGAGCACCCCCUUACAAAAACAAACAAACAAAAAAAAAUAAUAAUUCUACAGGUAUAGAGAGAUGUCUGUAUAUUUUGCUACUUGCAGUCUGACACUGUUACAAACUAGACGCUUGGGUGAUACAAGAGAUCAAGGCAAAAUAAAUAAAACAUUUUCCUUUAUAAUUAGGCUUGUUUAUCAUAAUCGCGACAUCUCGGCUGUCAUUUCUGAUAGAUAGUCUAAGAGUCAGUAAGUUUUGUUUCUUAUUGAUGACUCGUAUCGUGACUAAUAGGAAAUGAAGGAAUGCACUGCCAAAUAGAUUCAACUGCACCACACAGGCAUCUCUCUCUUUCUUUUGUUAGAAUGUAAAUGCUGUGUAAAUGGCAACAAAAAAAAAAUCAAUGACUCAGAUCUGACUCAAUCAAGCAAAAGUCCAAAAACACACAUGAUAAAAUAAAACGGUUAUCUCCUUACCACUGUAGGACAUGUAAUCGCUUGUUAAUCCGCCAGAAUCAUCAGAAAUGGUAUACGAGUCAAGUUCCAGUCAUAUCUCCACCACAUCGUCUUCUUCGUAAGCCCCAUUUCUGGGGUUGGGGGGGGGGAUGGAACCCUAUAGUAAUGGUGCUCCCUGUAGGCAAGGAAACAAAUGACUAGUGUAUGCUUUUAAAAACUGAUAUUAGAUCAUAUAAAAGUUGCUUCAUGGUCUCGCUGUGUAAUCUAAUACCAUGUGCCAAACUUCCCUAGACUCUGUAGACAAAUCUGCAAGGAGAAAGAUGAAUUAUUUUAAGCUCUUGUCUACAAACAGGGUUAUUUGUAAAAGAUUAGUCGCUUCAUUCGAGUGUGACGCUGCGGCUCGCUCCUCACGCCUUACACUUCCAAGAUUUUGUUUGCUCUGCAUGCCAGAUAAUUUUUUUUUAUUUU